CUAUAUUAAUAGUUUCUAUUUGAAUUUUCCAAAACGUUGAGUCCUGCCCUAUUUCAGAGUGGUCCUGCCAAUCAAAAGCUAGAUAUGGUCUCCGAGCAACAACAGUAAAUAAAGAAAAUGGCGGAAGACAAGGACAGCGCAGAGGCCAUAGUAGCUGAGGUCCACAAGAAGAUCAGCGGUGCUUUUGAUGUGUUUGACCACGAGUUCAACAAGACAGUGGAUGUCAGGGAGAUAGGCACUAUCAUCCGCUCCCUGGGCUGCUUCCCUAACGAAGGGGAGCUACAUGACGUCAUAGCAGAGAUUGAGGAGGAGGAGCCGACGGGAUACAUCCGCUUUGAGAAGUUCCUCCCCACCAUGACCAAGGUUCUGAUGGAGCGCAUGUUCCGGCCCAUCCCAGAGGACCUGCUGCUCCAGGCCUUUGAGGUUCUAGAUAAGCAGAAAAAGGGACAUUUGGAACUGGAGGAGCUCACAAAGUACAUGACACAGGAAGGAGAGCCCUUCACCCAGGAAGAGAUGGAGGAGAUGCUGUCAGCUGCUCUUGACCCUGACAAGAAUGUAAUCUUCUACAAAGACUUUGUUAGCAUGAUGACCGUGGAUGACCCCAGAUAGACUCUCAAUCACACACACACGCACACACAUUGCUGCUGGGAAUAAUGACAAAUGUAACCAUUGUCUUGGGUAAUUAUUAUAUUGUUAUAGAUUCAUAAUUUGAUACAGAAUAUAAUGUGG